UCCCCUACUUAACGGGAAGACUCCAUAGACAUCCCGGGUCUCUUUUCUCCCGCGGGGUUAGGGGUUUUAAGACCCAGCGGUGGAAGCCUAGGGUGACGAGGGGCAACAGUCCAAAGAGCAGAGCCCUUACGGAUGCAAAGGAAGGGCUCGUGGCCAGGCUCUCCCCCACUUCUUUUUAUUCCCAAGAGUUGCCCAAUAGAGGCGGAAAUUCCUUAAGUCGUUGGGCUCCGCCGCGGAAAGGUGGGGAUAGUAAAGACACUUGAAGCGGUCAAGUCCGCAGGCGGGACUCGUUUAAAGAUUAACUUUUUCCAGGUCCCAAAAAGCAGACGGGAGAAGCGGUUCUCCCCAGCCCCCAUCCCAGUCCAGAAGAAGGGCAGGCUUGGGAAGUUGCGGGCAGCCCAACAGCAACAGCAGUAGUCUUGGCGCCUGGAGCUCCGCGGGGCCGCUCUUUCAACAGGCGGUUUGUUCUCCCUUUCCGUGGCUCAUUUCCAUGCGAAGAGCCUGACAUCAGAGUACCUUUUGUUGCUAAAAAGCUUUCUGAAGCUUGGUGGGGCGGGGGAAGGGGAAGAUAGACUGAGCAGUCAUGUGAAACUGGAAGAGCUCAUUUGGGAUAGAGGGGGCCUGGGGUUUUCCAGCAAACUUGAACCACAGCUGGCCUACUCCUGGGGGGGCCGGGACUAGUGGGACUGGCGGAAGAGAGGAGGGGCGGGCUAGAGAGGGUUCACCUAGGUCGUCGGGCGGGGGAGAAACGCCUUCUCCAAACGUCAGGUAGCGUCGGAGCUGGCGGGAAUCCCCACUGGGACGCCCAGUGGUGUGAGCGGGCUGAGCUUGCAGCUCCCUUAGGGCUGGCUGGAGCUCCCCUAGGAAAGUUUGGAAAAGCAUGUCUGCGCUACAGCCCAGGUUGAUGGCGAGGAGAGCUGUGCUCCAGAAUCGACGAGAGCGAGGGGAGAACUGGAGCUCUUGAGCCAGGAUCUGGCCGGCCCUGAGGACGCUGCCUCCGCUCCCUCUUCCCCCUUGGGGCAUGCACUGGAGAGGCUGUCUAUAUCCCACACUUGUGACUAGGAGGAAGGCAUGGUGAAGCCGCUUGGCCGGGCUGGAGAAGUGUUUACUGUUGGAGUUGUGUGGUGGAGGGUAGGCGCAUCGCCACCCACCAGUGGCUUUGGUGAAGCUUGGGUGAGGUAGAGGACACAGCCAUGGAGCAGGAUCAAGCCGCAUGUCCCGAGCCAGAGGGAGAAGCAGAGUCAGACAGCAUCACGCCUGACGCUUUCUCCAGGCUCUGGACAGAUGUCAUGGGGAUACUGGAUGGUUCAUUGGGAAACAUCGAUGACCUGGCACAACAAUAUGCAGAUUAUUAUAAUACCUGUUUUACUGAUGUAUGUGAAAGAAUGGAAGAGCUGCGAAAACGAAGGGUUUCUCAAGACCUUGAUUUGGAGAAACCUGAUGCCAGCCCCACGUCACUACAGCUGCGAUCCCAGAUUGAAGAGUCACUUGGCUUCAGUAGCACGCUGUCAACCCCAGAGACGGAGAGAAAGCUUCGUCUUCACAAAUCAAAUUCAGAAGAAGGCUCCAUAGGAAAAGGGGAUUGGAAAAAGAAAAAUAAGUAUUUCUGGCAGAACUUCCGCAAGAACCAGAAAGGAAUAAUGAGGCAGACUUCCAAAGGAGAAGAUGUUGGUUAUGUAGCAAGUGAGAUAACAAUGAGUGAUGAAGAACGUAUACAGCUAAUGAUGAUGGUCAAAGAAAAGAUGAUCACUAUUGAAGAAGCCCUUGCCAGGCUCAAAGAAUAUGAAGCCCAGCACAGACAGUCAGGCACCUUGGAUCCUGCAGACUGGCCAGAUGGUUCCUAUCCAUCAUUUGAUGGUUCAUCUAACUGCAAUUCAAGAGAACAAUCGGAUGAUGAAACAGAGGAGUCGGUGAAGUUUAAGAGGUUACACAAGCUGGUAAACUCUACUCGCAGAGUGAGAAAGAAACUCAUUAGGGUGGAAGAAAUGAAAAAACCCAGCACUGAAGGUGUGGAGGAACAUCCAAUUGCCAGCUCCCCGAUCCUGGACGACAGAUCGGCUCUCUACUCUGGAGUUCACAAGAAGCCAUUCUACUUUGAUGGCUCCAUUGAGAAGCCACCAGAGGAUGAUUCAGAUUCCUUUACCACGUCUCCUUCAUCCAGCAGCCUGGACACUUGGGGUGCCGGCCGAAAGCUGGUCAAAACAUUUAGCAAAGGAGAUGGCCGUGGGCUGAUAAAACCUCCCAAAAAGAUGGGCACAUUUUUCUCCUAUCCAGAGGAAGAGAAGACCCAGAAGGUGUGCCGCUCCCUCACCGAUGGGGAGAUGAAGAAGGGUCUCGGCUCCUUAAGUCAUGGGAGGACCUGCAGUUUCGGAGGAUUUGACUUGACAAAUCGUUCUCUACACAUUGGGAAUAAUAAUUCUGACUCAAUGGGCAAAGAGGGAGAUUUUGUGUACAAAGAAGUAAUUAAAUCACCUACUGCCUCUCGCAUCUCCCUUGGAAAAAAGGUGAAAUCAGUGAAAGAGACAAUGAGGAAAAGAAUGUCUAAAAAAUAUAGCAGUUCUGUUUCUGAACAGGACUCCAGCACUGAUGGAAUACCAGGGUCUCCCCAGUCAUCCCAGCCUGACAAAGAGUCCCUGGAUAAGCCUAAACUGAAAGCUGGUGGGUCUGUGGAGAGUCUAAGGAGUUCUCUAAGUGGUCAGAGCUCAAUGAGUGGUCAGACUGUGAGUACAACUGAUUCCUCGACCAGUAAUAGAGAGAGUGUCAAAUCUGAAGAUGGUGAUGAUGAAGAGCUUCCCUACAGAGGGCCUUUCUGUGGACGAGCAAGGGUUCACACUGACUUCACACCCAGUCCUUAUGAUACAGAUUCCCUCAAGCUCAAGAAAGGUGAUAUUAUUGAUAUAAUCAGCAAGCCUCCAAUGGGUACCUGGAUGGGACUGUUAAACAACAAAGUUGGCACUUUCAAAUUUAUCUAUGUGGAUGUUUUAAAUGAAGAAGAAGAAAAACCCAAACGCCCCACCAGGAGGAGGAGGAAAGGAAGACCACCACAGCCCAAAUCUGUAGAGGAUCUCCUCGAUAGGAUCAACCUAAAAGAACAUAUGCCCACCUUUUUGUUUAAUGGGUAUGAAGACUUGGAUACCUUCAAGCUUCUAGAAGAAGAAGACUUGGAUGAACUAAACAUCAGGGACCCUGAACACCGAGCAGUACUUUUGACAGCAGUGGAAUUGUUGCAGGAAUAUGACAGUAAUAGUGACCAGUCAGGAUCUCAGGAGAAACUUCUCAUUGACAGCCAAGGCCUGAGUGGACGCUCCCCAAGAGACUCAGGCUGCUAUGAAGGCAGUGAAAACCUGGAGAAUGGGAACACUCGGAAGACUGUGCCCAUUAAGUCAACUAUGGAUCCUCACUUUAAGGAUUUCAAAAGAAAUCAGUUAUCCAACUAUCCAACACUGCCUUUAACUAAAUCAGUAGAAGCUUUGAAGGAGGGAGAGAAGGAAGUCCGGCUUAUCAACAUUCAUACUCCUCACACUUCUGACAUCUCUGGUGAGCCAAGUGUGACUAACUCCAAGACAAACCGAAGAAGCUUGCCAGUCUCCAUCUGUCGGAGCUGCGAGACCCUGGAGGGCACUGAAGCUACAGAGACUUGGCCAAGGUCCCAUUCCCUGGAUGACCUUCAAGGAGAGCCUAAUGCUAAACAAGAUGUGCCUAAAAAGGAAACAGAAUCUUCCCCCAGGAAUGUACCAGAAGUGCCCCUAAAGACAACGAUUUGCAACCCGAAGGCAAAACCUCCCUCAGAUGUCUCUUCUGUACAAGACCCACUGCUAUUGACCCAAAGCAAGCAAUUUUCUGAUACUCAGAAAAUUAAAACUAAGACAUCAUCCACAAUCUCUUCACAUGGGACAAUUCCUUCUUUGCCUAAAAAUUAUGAAGCUCAGCCUGCCUCAGUUAAACAGACUUUAACAAGGACUCCUCUAGAGAGUCACAAAAAAGGGCAUGAUCUUGAAGGAAUAAAUAAUCCUCCAGUCACCAAAGAGGGGGGCGACGUGGAUCAGAGGGUCACUGAGGCAAGAACACAGCCAAAAAUUCCUUCACAGCCUCCACCUGUUCCUGCCAAAAAGAGCAGAGAACGCCUCACUAAUGGAUUACACCAUGCUUCUCUUGCCCAUAGUGGUGCCUUCUCUAAUCCAGAUGUACCAUGCUUGCCAGUUAAAAAGAAUAGCCCCCUUAGCCCAAGUGACUGUAAUACAAUGACAGUUUGUAGACCUUCCCCAGAACAGGAGCCUGGAAGCCCCCCAACCACACGGCCACCAUGGCUAUCUGAACUCCCAGAAUCCACUAGUAUUCAACAGCAUGGAGUCAAGCUGGGACCUCCUUUGACAAGGAAGAUUUCUUGCACCAGAGGAGUAGAUAUGGAGAUGCUGGUAGAGAAUAAGUUGCAAGCUGAAAGUAUUGAUCUCACUGAGGAACCAUAUUCAGAUAAGCAUGGCCGAUGUGGGAUUCCUGAGGCUCUAAUACAGAGAUAUGCUGAAGAUCUAAAUCAGCAAGAGAAAGAGAUUGCUGUGAAGAUGGACCAAAUCCGGGUGAAGCAUCUCAGGAAGCAGCAGCGGAUGGCAAUCCCGAGUGGAGGACUCACUGAAAUCUGCCGAAAACCCCUUUCCCCAGGAUAUGUGAGCUCGCUCUCUGACUGGCUGAUUUCCAUUGGCAUGCCCAUGUAUACCAGCAUCCUAAUGGAAGCAGGAUUCAACACACUGAGCCAAGUGCCUUCUCUGUCACAGACUUGCCUUCAGGAUGUUGGCAUCACAGAGGAGAGACACAUAAAUAAGCUCGUCACGGCAGCCAGACUCUUCAAACCGCCCCUGAACCCAGAAGCCAUGUAACUGAAGCUAGGCAUCCCUUUAACAACCACUACCCUUUCUUUCACUGUGCUUACUGUACUCGUGCAAUUUCUCCAAACAAAUGGCAUCCUGAAGAGCAGAGCCACCCCCAAACCAGGCUCCAACACAGCUGAGUGAAAGUGUGACCGAGAACUGGAAGCUUUCUUCUCAGUGAGGACAAGUCACCGGGGCCAUCCAUCCUCUUUCAUCCCCUAAAGGAAAGUUAAAGAAGGAUAUUCGUUUUUGAAGUUCACGGAGGGACAGAUGCCAUUUUCCAAUCUGUCUUUCUAGGGGAGGAUAAAAGAGGGAACGAUGCUGGUUUCCUAACGUACUGGAAUAUCAUUUUCCUUCCUGUUGGCUCUGUACAGUACUGAGUGGCCAAACAGGUUUUAGCUAGGCCAAAGUAACAGACUCUGGAGUUAGUUUACAGUGUUGCCCGUUUUCAGUUACUCGUGAGUGAUUAAAUGAGACUGGCACCAGGAACAAAUCUUGUUUUGUUUUGUUUUGCCCUUUGAUAAAGCAAAUCAUUUUUAUAAUAAUUGCUUUCUAGCAAUCAGCUUUUUAUUUGCCUUAAUGUAAGCUCUAAAGCAGUAAGGUAACUAGUGUCCAGUCUCCUGUAACCAUAUUUCCUGAUCUUCAGCUUAGACUGCCAUCUAACAUCCUGGGAUGUUUCUGGAUAAAAACAAACAAACAAACAAACAAACAAAAAAACCUGGCUUUUUAAAAUCUCUCUCUUUGAGCUGGCUUUGAGUUUGGGUUGUUUUUCAGGCACAGGGUAGACUAACUACAAAAUCAGUAAAUAAUGUCUACAAUUUACAGAGAUAUCUUCUCUUGCGUGUGUAUAGUAUGUGUGUGUGUGUGUGUGUGUGCGCGCGCGCAGUAACUGCCUUUCAUUUUAAUCAUUUUUAAUAUUGUUACCAUGUCAUAUUCCAGCUUUGACUUGGUAUUAUGACCACAACCAUUCCAAACUUUAUUUUAUCAGCUCAUAGAUCAUCUCUGUAAAAGCCACUAAGAGACUAAAUUGUUGAGGAAGAGGUUUCAAAGAAUGAACUUCUUGGAUUGUUUUUGUGGGGAGUCAAGAUGUUUAUGUUGCAUUUUUUUUAAAGUUGCCAUCUUUUUCUUUUCUGGAUGCUUCUAAUAUUUCAAAAACAGUUUCAUUUGUGGAGAGUCAGACAAAUGAUUUUUAGCCAUAUCUGUUAAAGAUUUACAUGUAUUCACAAGCUGAUGUAAAAUAUUUUUCACGGUUCCAUCUUAUUGCAAUUUAAUCUCUCAUUUUCUAGCAGUUGCCGAAUUCAAAGAACUGACCCUUUAGGCAGGGUUAGGCUAUAUCCCCUCCAAUAACACUUUCCUUAACUUCUUAUUACAAGCACUCAUUUGUAUAAUAGAUAUCACAGUCACAAUUUUAAUAACUUGGGACAUCGGGCUUUGCUUCGUCAAUAGUUAGAAAUACUUUCAUUUAGCCAUGAAAUUCCCCAUGAAGAAUCAUUUCAUUAAGUCCAAAGUAUCUUUUCCUAUUCUUUCUAUCACUGCCAGCAGGUUUUUGAGGUAAAGGAGAGAGUCUUUUCGGUGAUGUUUUUAUGGGAAAAUUAGGCAUGAUUGAUUGUGUUGGUAAUUGACAAGACUUUUAUUUUUUAAAAACAAAGCAACCACUGUAUUUGACUUCAUUUUUUCUUGUCAUUUUGUUGUAAUGAUUUGUUUCUCAAUAAUACUCCGCUUUUCCAAGAUCGAAUGUCAAAGAGUUGCUGGGACACAACCCAAGAACAGUUAUCGAUGUCAACUUUAUAUUUAACCUUAAUAAGCAUGCUGUUUUUAUCCCGAUUAAGCAUUUACAUUUAUGUGUCUCCUUUCAUGUUUAUGGAACCAUGGCUUAUUUAGGAUACCCAGAGGCUGGAGGCUGCUGAUGUGACCAAAUUAUCUGAAAAUAUUUCAGGACUGACAUCAUGAAAUGUGAGGUAGGAAGUGGACUUCCCUUCCUCCCUUAGCAAUUGGAGGAAUAAGAUAGAAGGCACGUAAAGCACCAACAGUACCACAGUAUGAAACAGUACGUCUGUGAGAUCUGGGAUAAUGGUGAUAAAUUAUAUUUGACAAGCCCCAGGGAAGGAAAUUUUAUCUGAAUUACUGAAUUCCACCCACCCCAUGGCACCCCCCUCCCCAAGAUAUUUUAUUUACUAGAAGGAAGAAAAAUAUAAAAUUUUUAAGUAUUUCAGAGAAUCUGACUAGGCUAUGUGUCACCUUGCCUCUGAAAUGAUCCUCUGGUAAGCUAGGAAAGUUUGAGCCAAAUCUGGGAACCAUCUCUAAUUGCAACAAGUUGAGGGAGAGGGUGGUUUCCAAUGGAAAUAGUCUGGGAAGCGUGUGUUUUCAGUAAUGGCUUUUAUGUGGUUUUAUAAUUUGUUCUAUAUUUUAUCUCUUUUUCCUUUAAACUUUUAACUUGAUCCUAGUAAAGCCUUAAGUUUCCGUGUGUGGUUGUCAACCGAGGUUUGAAUGGUCGAGCCUAUAGAGUUCAUCUGACAGGUGGGAGGUUUCAGCCAUAUCAAAUUUUUAAUUAAUUUCUCUGUUGGGUGCAAUUCUGAGCAAAAGUUAAGCUUGUUGACUGUUGGAAAGCACAAAAGAAACCUACUGAGCAAGUGCUGACUCUGGCAGAUCCUUGUUACAUGUCCACUGUGUAUAAUUUUAACUUCAAAAGUUGUCUGGCAGGAGCCAGCCCUAAAUACUGUUUACAUUCCCAGAUGAUUUAGCUAACACAUAACCUUUUGCAAAUCCCCUGUUCUCCUUCUCAGAUCUAAGUUUGGGUGAAAUCAGAAGAUUCCUUUAUUGGAAAAUAGUUCCUUUCCCUGAGCACAGCUGGAGAGGUCAGUUCGCCAAUGUUGGUGGUGCACUGUUCUGUCUCAUUUGCAAGGGAAAAAAAGAUUGUACUCUGGGUCCAAGUUACCUUGAUUCUCAUUUGUCAUAUUUAGGGGAAACAAACUGUCAAGCAAGUGACAUAACAACUAACAAUGUUGCACUUUCUGUAUAUGAAAUCAAUAUUUAAAUAACUUAUUUUUCUCCAUUGCUGUUCUUAAACAAUGUAAGUAGCUGUAAGAUACCAGUACCGAUACGUUCUUGCAAUUUUCUUCAGCCCAAGAAAGCAGUGUAUUGUUUUAAAAAAAAAAAGUGUAAAAAGUUAUUGUGCUGUUUCAUUUAGCAAAAAAAAAAAAGAAAAGAAAAAAGUGGACAAAAGGGUUUUCCUGUGUAUCAAAACUUGUCUAUAAUUAUGUCAUUUGUUGAUAGAAAAAAAAGUAAAUAAAUUUCUUCAACUGA